UUAAGCACCUACAAAAUAUAGUCCAUGCGGAAGCUGAAAUCAUGGCAUACUUUAUGCUGGAAAUUAAAACAAUUUGCAGCACAAGAAGGUUCUUCUUCUAGUUCAAAGAAAGUAUUCCCCAAAACCAAAAGCGGCACCUAUUUCCGUGAAGAAGGGGCGACUAUUCGGCGACAGGAUGUGUGGUGGCGGCUGUUCUCCUUGCUGCAGCCCCUGCUGUGGACCCUGCUGCGGUCCGUGCUGCAGUCCAUGCUGUGGACCCUGCUGUGGACUCUGCUGCAGUCCGUGCUGAAGUCCGUGCUGCGGUCCGUGCUGCAGCCCCUGCUGUGGACCCUGCUGCGGUCCGUGCUGCAGUCCAUGCUGUGGACCCUGCUGUGGACCCUGCUGCAGUCCGUGCUGCGGUCCGUGCUGCAGCCCGUGCUGUGGACCCUGCUGCGGUCCGUGCUGCAGCCCCUGAUGUGGAACCUGCUGCAGUCCGUGCUGCAGUCCGUUCUGCAGCCCCUGCUGCACUCCCUGCUGCUCCCCUGCUGCUUUCCCUGCUCCUAUCCCUGCUCCUAUCCCUGCUGCUAUCCCUGUGGGGCCCCAGGCGCUGGAUUCUGGUUCAGCCAAAUUUAUUGAUGCAAACAGCUAUGCAAUAAAAUCAUAACAAGAAACUACAUGAAAUCCGUACAAUUAAGCAAAUAAAAUUAGUUUUUAACUAUU